ACUUCAGCUCCACCUAAAUCUUGUUUCAGGAGAUUCUAGUUGUAGAACUUUGUUGGAUUAUUCUAGGACAGAUGGCGAAUCCAGCGAAGAAAGGCUUCUACAGGCAGGAGAUCCAGAAAACUACCUGGGAAGUACCAGUUAGGUACACUGGCUUGACUCCUGUUGGCUCAGGGGCUUACGGAACGGUCUGUGGAGCCAUAGACCAGAGGACCAAGGAGAAGGUGGCUAUCAAGAAGCUGUACCGUCCCUUCCAGUCUCUGAUUCACGCCAAGAGAGCCUACCGGGAGCUCCGUCUGCUCAGGCAUAUCCAGCAUGAGAAUGUAAUCUGUCUGUUGAAUGUUUUCACGCCUGAUUCAUCUCCAGAUACAUUUCAGACAUUUUACAUGGUGAUGCCGUUUGUAGAUCAGGAUCUAAGCCAUAUCAUGAAGAAAGGAAAACUGACUGACAAAAUUAUUUCCUACAUCCUCUACCAGAUACUCCAUGGUCUCAAGUAUAUCCAUUCUGCUGGGAUAGUGCACAGGGACCUGAAGCCCAGUAACUUGGCUGUGAACCAGAACUGUGAACUCAAGAUUCUGGAUUUUGGCUUGGCUCGACAUGCAGAGAGUGAGAUGACGGGGUACGUGGUGACGCGCUGGUACAGAGCCCCCGAGAUCAUCCUCAACUGGAUGCACUACACCCAGACCGUUGAUAUCUGGUCAGUUGGGUGUAUUCUAGCAGAGCUGAUCACGGGCCAAGUCCUGUUUCCUGGAAAGGACUAUUUUGACCAGCUGAAGCUGAUCAUGAAGCUGACAGGAACCCCACAACCAUCGCUGGUGCAGAAGAUGCAGAGCAAAGAUGCAAAAAAGUACAUCCAGGCCCUACCCCCCCAAGUGAAGAGGAAUUUCAGAGAGGCCUUUCCCAACAUGGACAAGAAAGUGGUGGAUCUGCUGGAGAAGAUGCUGGUGCUGGACCCAGACCAGAGGCUGACAGCAAAGGAGGGGCUGUCUCACAGAUACCUGGAGGAGUAUCAUGACCCCGAGAGCGAGCCCGACUCCAAGCCCUACGACGACUCCUUUGAGAACCUGGAGCUGCCGGUCGAGGAGUGGAGGAGUCUCAUCCACAUGGAGAUCAUGACCUUUGACCCUGACAACCCAAGGCAAACAGCAACAUAGCCUGAGGUAUUCAGAGCAGCUUGGGGAAGAACAAUACAAACUUGACAAGAAUAAGUAGUUAACAUCCUGUGGAAACAGAGGCCGCUGUGUAAAGUUCUAAGCAAAACACUUGCAAUGUUCCGAGACUGAGAAGAGUGGGUCAGUUAGUAAGAAAAAUAAACUGAGGAACUUUUCUUUUGAUUUGAAUUUUUUGAUCUGAAUCUUUAGCUGACAUUUACUAGAUAGUGAGAUAUUGAUAAACAAAGCAGUAGUAUUUAACUCAGAACCACAUUUUGCUCUUCAAGUGGUUUUAAAUUUCAUUUUUUGGGGAUAUGCUCUUUAAAGCUUGUUUUUAAUAAGACAGAAUUUUAAAUUAACAGUGUAUUCUUUGUCUUAACUUUGGGUCACAAAAAGACUGUCAUGUGCUAUGAGACAGCAUACUAUACAUGUACCUUCACCGCUGAAAAAUGAUUAUGCCUGACAAUUUUCAUCCUUUCAUUACCUUAUAAACAAGGACAUCAGUUCAUUUAUUAUGGUAUAACAAAAUAACAAUGCUUUUUUUUCAUAAAGAACCAAUAUGGUCCUUUUUGCCAUUUGUAUAAUUUAUAAUUCUGAAUAUUCAAAUUUAAUUUUAAUAGAAACAAGACUGAAAUCUUACUGGCUCAUACAUUAAAGUGUAUAGUGUGUUAGUUUCA